AUGUCGGUCCGCAAUAAUCCCUUUGCGAGGAACGCCUCAACCUCGACUGGUUCGAGUGGUCUUGGCCGUCCAAAAUCUGUCAUUGCUCCCUCAUCACCGUCUCUCCUAACGGGGACGCCUUCCCCACCUACCCACUCGAGGACGCAAUCCCAAAACUCACACAAUUUCAAGGCGGCGACAACAUUAACGUCGCCAGCACCCGUCCGAAAUGGCCAUGCCCGCGGCACAUCACGAGAAGGGACGCCGAGCUCAACCACUUUUGCGCCGUCCUACCUUAAAACCGAAGACAUGCGGAAACCCACCGACAUUGUCAAAGGGAUUGAGGGCGAGAACGACUUUUCAGGCAAAAAGUAUGUCUGGCUUAAGGACCCGCAGACGGCUUUUGUCAAAGGCUGGGUAGUAGAAGAGCUGGAGGGAAACCGGCUCUUGGUUCAGUGUGAUGACGGUAGCCAACGAGAAGUCGAUGCUGAGAGCGUCGACAAGGUCAAUCCAGCCAAGUUUGACAAGGCGAACGACAUGGCCGAGCUUACUCACCUGAACGAGGCUUCCGUCGUCCACAACCUGCACACACGGUACAUGUCCGACCUGAUUUACACCUACUCAGGCUUGUUCCUUGUGACAGUCAAUCCUUACGCUCCUCUUCCAAUAUACACCAACGAGUACAUCAACAUGUACAAAGGCAGAAGCAGGGAGGACAACAAGCCGCACAUAUUUGCCAUGGCCGACGAAGCAUUCCGCAACUUGGUCGACGAACAUGAGAACCAGAGCAUCUUAGUUACCGGCGAAUCCGGCGCCGGGAAGACUGAAAACACCAAGAAGGUCAUCCAGUACCUUGCCGCAGUUGCUCAAUCGCAGGCGCCUGCGAAGAGCAGGGCGAAACAGCACUCGAACCUAUCAGCCCAGAUUUUGAGGGCAAACCCGAUCCUCGAAGCCUUUGGAAAUGCACAAACCGUGCGAAACAACAAUUCGUCUCGAUUCGGCAAGUUCAUCAGGAUUGAGUUCAACCGCGACGGAUCAAUUGCUGGAGCUUUCAUCGAUUGGUAUCUCCUCGAAAAAUCCCGGGUCGUAAGGAUCAACGGCCAGGAGCGCAACUAUCACAUUUUCUACCAGCUGCUCAAGGGCGCGGACGAGGCGCUAAAGAAAGAUUUCUUUCUUGACGGCUUGGACGUUGGCGAUUUCGUCUACACUCGGGACGGGCAAGAGAUCAUUACAGGCGUGUCCGACCGGGACGAGUGGGAAACGUUGAUGGAGGCCUUCAUGGUCAUGGGCUUUUCCGACGAGGAGCAGGCGUCCAUUCUACGCACCGUGGCCGCUGUGCUUCACCUUGGCAACAUUUCCGUUGUCAAGGAGAGCAGAUCGGCAGACCAGGCUCGCCUCGCGCCAGAGGCCAACGAAGUUGCUGCCAAAGUCUGCAAGCUGCUUGGUGUGCCCCUUGAGCCUUUCCUUCGCGGGUUGCUGCACCCCAAGGUAAAAGCAGGCAAGGAAUGGGUUGAGAAGGUGCAGACGCCGGAGCAAGUCCGCUUCAGCGUCGAUGCCCUCGCCAAAGGCAUAUACGAACGGGGGUUUGGCGAUCUGGUGACCAGAAUCAACCGUCAGCUCGACCGUGCGACCAUGGGCCUCGAUGACACCCGCUUCAUCGGUGUGUUGGAUAUUGCGGGAUUCGAAAUCUUUGAGCACAACAGCUUCGAGCAGCUUUGCAUCAACUACACGAAUGAGAAGUUGCAGCAGUUUUUCAACCACCACAUGUUUGUUUUGGAGCAAGAGGAGUAUGCCAGGGAGCAAAUCGAGUGGCAAUUUAUCGAUUUUGGCAAAGACCUGCAACCGACAAUCGACCUGAUUGAGCUUUCCAACCCGAUCGGUAUCUUCUCGUGCUUGGACGAAGACUGCGUCAUGCCAAAAGCCACCGACAAAACCUUCACCGAGAAGCUAAACUCAUUGUGGGAUAAGAAGUCACAAAAGUAUCGGCCUUCUCGGCUGGGACAGGGUUUCAUCCUCACACAUUACGCUGCGGAGGUUGAGUACACCACCGAAGGCUGGCUGGAGAAGAACAAAGACCCUCUGAAUGAUAACUUGACCCGCCUGCUUGCCGCCUCAGCCGAUAAACAUGUCGCCAACCUUUUCGCUGACUGUGCCGACCAUGACGAUGAGACGGGCGGUAUGAGGAGUAGGGUGAAGAAAGGUCUCUUUCGAACGGUGGCCCAAAGACACAAGGAACAACUCACGAGUCUCAUGGGCCAGUUGCAUCUGACACAUCCGCACUUCGUUCGAUGUAUUCUUCCAAACCACACCAAGAGGCCGAAGCAGUUCAGUGGGCCCUUGGUCCUGGACCAACUACGGUGCAACGGUGUGCUAGAGGGCAUCCGUAUUGCUCGUACGGGCUUUCCCAACAGGCUCCCGUUCGCCGAAUUCCGCCAGCGGUAUGAGGUGCUUUGCCGAGACAUGCCCAAAGGUUAUAUCGAAGGUCAGGCGGCGGCAAAAAUCAUGCUGGACAAAUUUGGCUUAGAGAAGUCUCUCUAUCGGAUCGGUCUGACCAAGGUGUUCUUCCGUGCUGGCGUCCUUGCUGAGCUUGAGGAGCAACGUGACGCACUCAUCACGGAAAUCAUGUCCAAGUUCCAAUCAGUCGCUCGGGGUUACAUGCAACGACGGAUUGCGUUCAAAAGGCUUUACCGAGCCGAGGCCACCAGGGUUAUCCAGCGAAAUUUCCAGGUGUACAUCGAUCUAUGCGAUAAUCCAUGGUGGCAGCUGCUUGUGAGGAUGAAGCCCCUCUUGGGCGCGACCCGAACUGCGGCUGAAACCUUGAAGGACGAAUACGACCACCUGAAUGAAUCGAAAAUCACCAUUGAAAAAGAGCUCUACGCCCAGCAAGAUAAGCUCCGGAGGACCAUGGAAGCUCGGGCUACGGCGGAAAAAGAACGUGACGAAGCUCGCGAGGAAAUCCGGCGGCUUCGUGCCGCCAAGAUCCAGGCGGAGGAAGCCCGGCGCGAAGCCGAGAUUGUUGGAGAACGAGCUGCUUUCAAGAUCGCAAGAGAACGUGAGGAAAGUCUCCGUAAAGACCUCGAGGCGGCUCAGGAGCGACUCAGGUGGUUUGAAGAAGAGUGCGCCAAGCUCAAUCGCCAAGUCGAAGACUUAAACAAGUUGAUUCUCGAGUCCGGCGAAUUUGGACUGAAGAACGACCAGGCAAAGGAGCGGAUGGAGCGCGAGCUCCAAACCGUAAAGAGUCGACUUGCUGCCUCUGAGAACGACAAUCGGGCGCUGCUCAAUAAACUGCAGCAAAAGGGGCUCGAAAUUGCCCGGUCGGCAUCGAGAGCAAGCGAGGCCUCUCGUGGUCAGGUCCUCUCUCUGCAACGUGAGAAGGCAAAGUUAGAAGAGCAGAACGCCAAACUCAACAAGCAACUUGGUGACUCACAUCUCACCAUUGCUUCGCUAGAGAAGCGGCUCGAGAAGCUGCAACUUGACCUUGAAGACCUCAACCACGAGGUAGCCAGAGAGGUUCAAAGCAGCCGCAAUGCCGAAAAGGCUUCGUCGAACUUCACGGUUCAGUUGGCAGAGGCGAACCGCACCAUUGAAUCGGAGAAGCAACUGCGGGCGCAAGCUCAAGGAACUGUCCGCGCCUUACAGUCCACCCUUGAUGCCCGGGAUGCAGAGCUUGCGGAACUGAGGGCUCAACUGCUAAACGCGCUUAAAGUCGUUGACCCAGAGGCGGCGCCUCUUGUUAGCUCAGAUGGCGGUUCUGAUUCGUUUUCCAACAAGAACUUCGAUUUGGUUCGAAGGAUCGAGGAACUGCAACAAGACUUGCGUGUUCAAAAAGCUGGCCGUGCCAACGCCGAGGCUCAGCUAGCAGAGCUCAGAGCUGCCAGGAACGGCUCUCCGACUAGACGUGGCCUGGAAGAGAUUAGCAUCGGUGAGGCCCCGUUCACUACGUCGCCGACACAGAAGCACUCCAAGCCUAAUGCUCGCCACUACUCGAAUACAUCGACACCGCCACGUCGGUUUGCAAAUGCCGAAAAUGAUCAUCUUUUUGACUCGGUUCGCUCAGACAAGACUGCAGACAUUCUGAGCUUCAACAAUCGCAUGGAUCUUAAGGCAGAGGUCGAGGAAUUGCAAAACCAACUUCAGAUUGCACAAAUGCAAAAUCGGCACCUCCAGAGCCAACUGGAGCGCUCAGUACCAGCUUCAGAUGUGCACCCUGAUGACAGUAGCCGAGUGCGGAAGCUUGAGCAAGCAAACGGGCGGCUGCAGGAUCUGCUCGACGAGUCGGCGAAGCAGGUUUCGGCUCUGGAGAAAGCCCUUCAUAGCGGUGAACUGUCUCUCCGGGACAUUCAAACGAAGUCUCACGAAGAGAUUCUUGAACUCCUCCAUAGCCAGGAGGAUUCUCGCCGGGCGCUCUUGCAUAGCCAUAAUGAUGCCAUCGCGGAGUUGACAGAGAUGAAGGGCCAGCUGGAGAGGUUGAGGCAUGACCGUGCGAAGCUCGAAGUGGACUACCGCGACGCCAAGUCAGACCUUCAGGAGAUGUCACUCGCGAGAGAGCAAGAGGCAGCUAGCCGCGUCCAGCUGCUGCAGGAGUACGCCGAUCUCCAGAUUCGCCUGGACGCCGAGAGCUCUAAGCUUGCCGAUGUAACUGCUAGUCUCAACCUUUACAAGAGCCGUGCGGAUGAGUACUUUAGCAAGCUGGAGCAGGCCGAGCUCGCUGUGCUUAAAGCGAGCCGUGCCGAACAGUUUGCAAAGUCCCAGGCUAAGGAGGCGGAGGAGAGCUGUGCAGAGAUGAUGGCGGAGAGGAAACGUCUCGAAGACACCAUUGAGGAUCUGCAGCAACAGACGCAGAGACUCGAGGAGAAGCUGGAGGACAUGUCGACGGACCUGGAAUCCGCAAUUCAGGCGAAGAAGAGACUGCAGCACGAACUCGAGGACUACCGCAAUCAGCGAGCGAACGACAUUGAGGACAAGGAGUCGAGCAUGGAGCAGCUACGCAAGAAGUACCAGGCCGAGUUUGCCACUCUCACGAAGGAGCUGGAUCUCGCGCGAGAGGAGAAGUUGUUCAAGCAGGCGGAGAUUGCGAGGCUGCGCGAAGAGCUCGAUGAUUUGCGGUCCAAGUGGGAUGACGAAGUGCUUAACAGCUCCACAUGGUCCAAAGAGAAGGCACGUCUGCAGACUACGCUCGCUGAUGUGGUGGCUUCGCGGGAUGAGGCGGUUGCUGCUCACAACGAGGCUCAGGGCAAGAUCGUGUCACUCCUGUCGCAAGUUCGCUCCCUCCGGUCGACAGUCGAUGAGAUUACCGCCGACCGUGACAGCCUUCUUCGCGAGAAGCGGAGCAUCGAGUCUCGGUUGGAGGAAGCCAAAGCCGGUCUUGAAGAGCUUGCCAAGAGUGAGAGCCCGUCGCUUCGCAACGCUGCCAGCAUCGACAAGGAAAUUCUCGAGCUUAGGGCAGGGCUUGCGCAACAAGAAGACAUCGCAGCCGCAGCGGUGGAGAAGAUGCGCCGUGCUGAGUCGCUUGUGUCGGAAAUCCAAAAGGACAUCGUCGCAGAGAGGGAGGCGAGCGCCGAGCUGCUCAAGCAGAAAGCAGCCCUCGAGAAGUCGCUCAACGAGGCCCAGCUCAAGCUUAUCGAUCUCGAGACUAAGGGUUACUCGACGGCCAGCCACGACAUCAAGUUCCUGCAUAAGCGCAUUCAAGAGCUUGAGUCCCAGCUCGAGGAGCAGGAGACGGAGCGCAACAAGUCGCAGCGCUCUGUGCGCAACGUCGACCGCAUCGUCAAGGACCUGCAGUCGCAGAUUGAGCGGAAGGACAAGCAAAAUGGGCAGCUCACCGAGGACAUUAAUCGCAUGCGUGACAAGAUGGACAAGCUACUCAAGACCAUCGAGGAGCUGCAGGCGUCCGAGAGCAACAACGAACUGUCGGCGCGCCGGGCAGAGCGCGAGCUUCGCGAGGAGAAGGAGCGCGCGUUAAUGCUAGAGCGCGAGUUGGAGGCUUGGAAGCUGAGGGUGGAGAAGGGUAGCAACGCUGGGUCAGUAGCCGGGAGCGUCUUUGGCGGGAGUAUGAGGAACAGGCAUGUGGGCUGGACUGGCGACGAGACGGUCAGCAUUCCGCAGAGGAAGAGUAGCCUUAGUCGGGUACCUUCCAUGACAAAGGGGUUCUUGUGA